AUGUCUAGAAGUGAAACGGUUCGAGCUUUUGUGAAUGAGCGGCUGGCGGUGGUGGCGGAAGAAAUAUUCACGCUGUUUGAGUGGAUAAUAGCGGAGUAUGAGGAGAAACUUAGUCGCUCUCAAGAGGAGCACCAGAGGAGUAACCAGGAACCGGUGGACUCGACGCUGCAUUCACCGGGUGUUCAGAUCUCCGCCGUCCGUUCUGAAACACAAAAUGCUGACUAUAGUCUGGUAAAAGAUGAGCCACAGGAGCUACAGGUGAAACAACAGGAAGAUGCGUUCACAGCACACAGUCUGCUGAACUGUUUUGUACUGAUAGAGCGUUUAGCAGCGUCCAGUGUGACCUGUGAGAAGAUCGUAGAUUUGCUUCAACCAAAGCCAAAUGAACAUAAAGUGGAAACACAGGGCGAAGAAAUGAACGCAGAUCCAUAUUCACAGACUGGUGCAGACAUGGAUUCCUCUGAUAAUGACAACAAUGAAGACUGGGGCGCGCCAUAUGAACAGGAUGAAGACCUCGACAACCAAGUCUACAGCAGAGACAGAACCACUAGGACUUUUCUUCGAGCAUGGGAACUAAUUCGACAUAGGAAGACGCACAGUACCAAAGAAGAACAUGGCCACCGUCCCACAUUGAUCCCAAACCCAAAGUCCAGUGUGAGCUGUGUGAAGACGAAAGAGUCUUCUUACACCGAGAAGGACAACCGGGGGAUUCCAGGGGAACAACUGCAGAUAGAAGAGGAUAAAGACCUCCACAAAAGAGAUACAAAUAUCCCAAAGAGAAGAAAACCCUACUGCCCUAUUUGUAACAGACACUUUAAGUCGUCGCAUCAAAAAAAUAUGCAUUUUCUUGAACGUCACUCGGAUGUAAGAUCAUUCAGCUGUCCAAUCUGUGGGAAGUGUUUUGCUCGACGCGCUACUCAAAUGAAUCAUGCGAGAACACACAGAGAAGGAAGACCUGAUCGCCGUCCGAAAUACCCAGUUAUUCCCAAACCAGAGUCCAGUGUGGUCCUUGUGGAAAACUGA